CAUAGGUUGUGGUAAGCACACGAGCAAUGGUUGUGGGACAAAACACAGUAAACGGAAGGUAUUGUGAAUCUGAAUUCACGUCCGGAUUUCACGAAGUCGGCGGUGACAUCGCUGGAUUUCGACCAAGGCUAGAACUGUCACUUUCACUAGAGCAUACGUUUGGCUUCUUGAUCUGUGAUAGGCCGGUAUUGCUGUUGGGAAGAUCCGCUGGUAUGAGAACAUGGAAACCAAACCAUUCCUUUCUUUUGGCUUCCUCAAGAGCCAGUGCUCGAUAGCCCCACCUCCUCAGCGAUGGUGUCCGGGGGAGACGGGCGGCUCGCCCACAGCAUGCUUGUGCUUCACAGGCAUUUGCCCACUUCACCAGCACAGGAGACCCACAGACCCCUCCGGUCAGCUGUCCUCACCAUCGCUCAGCUCACACCACGCCCAUAGGGGAAUGGGUGCUCACCCCUUGCACCCAUCUCUGCUCAUCCCGUCCUCUGUGAGCUCCUCAGGCCCUCCACACUCACCCAUCUGCACGCUGAGCUCGCCCAUCACCAGCCUGGCUUUGCCCUUUUCUGUCAGCAGCCGUCCAGCGGGACACCACUCUACCUCCUCCAGCAUGGGCUUCAGCCCGCAGCUCAGCUUCCCAGUGAUCUCCAGUGGCAGCAGCAUUAUCAGCACAGAGGACAUCAAACCCCCACUGGGCCGAAACAGAGUGCUAAAGGAUCCUGCUCAGCCCACAUGCACCUGUCUCUCCCUUAACAAACACAUCUGUGCCAUCUGUGGAGACCGCGCCUCAGGUAAACACUAUGGAGUAUAUAGCUGUGAAGGUUGCAAGGGCUUCUUCAAGAGAACAGUGAGGAAAGAGCUGAUGUAUACCUGUCGAGACAACAAGGACUGUCUGAUUGACAAGCGCCAACGCAACCGAUGUCAGUACUGCCGCUACCAGAAGUGUCUGGCCAUGGGCAUGAAGAGAGAAGCUGUGCAGGACGAGCGCCAGAGAGCUAAGGAGAGGCGCGAGAGUGAGGCGGACUCGUUAGGUUGUGCUAAUGAGGACAUGCCUGUGGAGAGGAUAGAGGAGGCAGAGCUCGCCGUGGAGCCAAAGACCAAGACAUACAUCAAGGGGAGCCUGGGCGUGCCCACCAACUCACCCAAUGACCCUGUGACCAAUAUAUGCCAGGCAACAGACAAGCAGCUCUUUACCUUGGUGGAGUGGGCCAAGAUGAUCCCCCACUUCUCAGAGCUGGCCCUGGACGACCAGGUCAUCCUCCUAAGAGCAGGGUGGAAUGAGCUCCUCAUAGCUUCUUUCUCCCAUCGCUCCAUCACUGUGAACGACAGCAUUCUGCUGGCAAACGGACUCCAAGUGCAUCGCAACAGCGCCCACAGUGCAGGGGUGGGGGCCAUCUUUGACAGAGUGCUGACUGAGCUGGUGUCUAAAAUGCGAGACAUGCAGAUGGACAAGUCUGAGUUAGGGUGCCUUCGAGCCAUCGUUCUCUUCAACCCAGACUCCAAAGGCUUGUCAAACCCAGGGGAGGUUGAGACUCUCAGAGAAGGGGUGUAUGCUUCACUGGAGGCAUACUGUAAACACAAAUACCCCGACCAACCAGGAAGAUUUGCCAAACUGUUACUUCGAUUGCCAGCCCUACGUUCCAUUGGCCUCAAGUUUCUGGAGCACCUGUUCUUCUUCAAACUGAUAGGGGAUACACCCGUUGACACAUUCCUCACGGAAAUGUUGGAAGCUCCACACCAAAUGACGAAACAGCACUGCAGUUAAAGACUGUCUGUCCAAUACUUGCCUCAAAACGAAGAGAACUGAUUCAACACUGAACAUUGUCAUAACUGAUCAAGACUCCGUGCCACAAACCAGCGACCUCAUCAUCCUCCUGCCUUAGACAGGUCUACCUCUUGUAGUCAUUCUCAUAUUCUGUGAUAAUAACAACAUGGUCCGGCAAAACUCAUUGUCUAGGAUGAUCUCCUGUUAAACAUGUAACCCCCACCUCAGUCUCUCGUAGUUGGUCUUCUCCUCCUCAACGAAAAUGUUCUCAUGUGACUAUAUACGGCAGACAUGAGGGUAAUGCAUUUUUAACUGGAACCCCUUGACAGGGAAAAUGGUUCAGGUAACUUCAGCUCAAAACCAAGGGUAUUUUUUCUACUCCUAGCACUUAACUUUGUCAAGCAGAGAAUGGCUCCAGUCAGUAGCUCACUGUGAGGACAGAGGAGGCUGAUGGGAGGAGCUAUAGGAGGACGGGCUCAUUGUAAUGGCUGGAAUGGAAUAAAUGGA